AUGGAUAGAGAGGCCGAGAAACAGGAGCUACACAACCAAUUUGUAGCUGAAUUGCGAGAACAGGACCGCUGGUUACCGAUCAACAAUGUGGGACGACUCAUGAAGAGCACUUUACCGACAUCAGCAAAGGUGUCGAAAGACGCAAAAGAAUGUAUGCAAGAGUGUGUUUCUGAGUUUAUUUCAUUUGUCACUAGCGAGGCAAAUGACAGAUGCACUCAAGAUAAACGUAAGACUAUCAACGGCGAAGAUAUUUUAAUAUCACUGAAUGCGCUGGGCUUCGAAAACUAUGCCGAAGUGCUGAAAAUUUACUUGGCAAAAUACCGCCAGCAGCAAGCGCUAAAAAACCAAAUGACUUACAUGCGUCGUGAUGGUCUUUCUGAAGAUCUGGAUAGCGCCCCACACGAUGAAGGGCGCGUCUCGACUCCUACAAAUCUCGAACAUGACGCUUCACAACGAGAUCUGUCUGAUUCCGCGGAGGCUGAAGAAGAACUACAAACAACAGCAGGGAGCUCAAGGAACAACGAGGGCGACUACAUUCAGGAAGACACCCAGCUGUACUUAUAA